CUUUAUGAGGAAAUUUGGUCAAAAGUAAUAGAAUUUGUUCCUAAUCUUCUUGUAAGCAUAAAAUUCAUUAUGACAGAUUAUGAAUGUGCAGCAAUAAAUGCAAUGGAAAAAUUUUUUCCAAAUGCUACUAUACAUGGGUGCUGGUUUCAUCUAAACCAAGCUUUGCAAAGAAAAUGGAAUAAUUUAGGCUUACGUAAUUCUUCGAGUACCAUUUUGUCUAUGGCAAUGACAAUACCAUUGCUACCAGAGCAAUAUUUUACACAAGCUUAUCAUAUAUUAUGCAAUACCUGUGAAGAAGAAAACCCUGACUGUGAAAAAUUAAAGGAAUUCUUAACUUAUUUUGAAAAGAUUUGGUUACCCAAAGCUUCGAUAGUAAGUGUGUACAAGUGUCCAGUUAGGACAAACAAUGCCGUUGAAAGUUUCCAUAAUGUGAUAAGUAGAAAAUUGGGUGGCUGUCAUCCAAAUUUAUGGAUAUUUUUAGAAAAAUUAAAAGGUGUCAUAAUGGAUCAAACAAUUGAUUUGGAACGUUUAAAGAUUAAUAAAGAGGUACGAUCUGUACGAUCACGAAAGAGCACGGAAAGAGAUAAAAAAAUUCUUCGAUGUCAGACAGAUCUGAUUUCCGAGAGGUACAAUUGCAUUUACUUUCUUGUGUAUACAUAUAUCAUUUUAGGCUAAUAUUAAUAUUGCACAAUA